CGCGGAGCCACAGCGAUGCCGUUGUCCAUCUAUCCAAGUCGAAUCAUAGCCGUCCAAGCUCCAGAGACUCUAUAUAGAACUCAAGACGCCCAAGCGCGGACGCAGAAAGGGCUAGGGUUUCCUUCUUGAGAAUUCUCAGUGGUAAGAUGCCCCGUUACAGCGAUCGUCAUGGGAGCACGAGACUAUAUGUUGGGCGCCUAUCUUCAAAAAUUCGCUCACGAGAUCUCGAGGACCUCUUCAGCAGAUAUGGAAGAGUACGGGAUGUGGACCUGAAGUACGACUACGCCUUUGUUGAAUUUAGUGAUCCACGAGAUGCUGAUGAUGCAAGGUAUAACCUAGAUGGACGAGAAUUUUAUGGCGGUCGUAUUAUUGUCGAAUUUGCUAGAGGAGGCCCGCGCGGUCCUGGAGGCUCGCGAGAGUAUCUUGGGAGGGGUGCACCUCCUGGUUCUGGUCGGUGCUUCAAUUGUGGUCUUGAUGGUCACUGGGCUAGGGACUGUAAAGCCGGGGACUGGAAAAAUAAGUGCUAUCGUUGUGGUGAAAGAGGUCAUAUUGAGAGGAACUGCCAGAACAGUCCCAAGGAACUAAAACGGGCACAUAGUUAUUCUCGCUCUCCAUCCCCUCGCCGUGGCGGUAGGAGCCGCAGUCGAAGCUAUAGCCGAAGCCGAAGCCGUAGCUAUAGCCGUUCACGAUCUCCUGCUCCUAAGAGGGACAGCCGUUCAAAGAGUCCCCGCGACAGCAGGAGCGCAAGCAGAAGCCCUCCACCGUCAAAGGGAAGGAAGCGAAGCCCAUCCCCUUACGAAAGCCGAAGCCCAAGUCCUCGAGCGAAGGAUGAACGCAGGGAAGCGGAGCGAGAAGGAUCUGAUUACAGUCAAACCCCAAGGAGAGAGACUAGCAGGAGCCCUGCAAGUUCAGAGAAGGAGAGAUCCCCAGCUGCUGAGAGGAACGGAAGUCCAGAGGCUAAUGGGCGGAGCCCGAGCCCUAGAGAUGAUGAUGAUGGAGCUGAUCGUGCCUCUCCAAGGGGUAGCGAAUCCCCUCGGGAAUAAAAAGCUUGGCAGCUUUUGCCCAAAACUCAUUCUGAGAGACAAUAUGAACUUUGCUGCUCGAAAUUGUCUUACUGUUUUUAAACUUGGAUAUGCAAGAUUAUGCUCUGCUUUUUUUUUUUCACCCCUUAAAUUUUCCUUGGAAGUCUCAUUGGCUUUUUAUUUGUUUAGGUUUGAGGAUCUUUUACUUGUGCUGGUAAAUUGUCUUGUGGUCAAUAUUGCAACUGCUAAUCUGUUUUGUGCU